AUGAGCAGCCAAUUCACCCUAGUCGAUAACAGUUCAAACCUUUCUGGAGGGUUUGUGAAGGAGACGUUGACAUUCAUGGUGACAGACAACUUGGAGUUCUACCCGAGCUCCACCAUCAAAAGCAUCAGCCUGCUUAACACACUGGGCGUGAAGUCCAUGGCUGAUCUGGAGAGCUGCGAGACCACCGUCACCAAGGACCAUGCACUCGCACUUGUCCAGGCAGCGAUGACGUCAACUACUGCCCUGAACGAUGUGUUUGGGAGCCUUCUCACGGUCAGUAGGAGGAAGUAA